GCUGCCUGGCGGUGUUUUGCAGUGAUGACACACCCCACGUGCCCAACGAGAACCUGGGAGAGGCGGCCGUGCUGCAAAUUGUGGAGAACCUGACCGAGCUCAUCAGAAAGGCCUUUCCAGAUACUAAAGUCUAUGCUGCUUUGGGAAAUCAUGACUUUCACCCCAAAAACCAGUUCCCGGCAGGAAGCAACAAUAUCUACAAUCAGGUAGCAGAGCUGUGGCGACCCUGGCUCAGUAACGAAUCCAUCGCUCUCUUCAGAGAAGGUGCCUUCUAUUCUGAGAAACUGCCGGGGCCAAGCGCAGCUGGGCGAAUCGUGGUCCUCAACACCAAUCUGUACUAUAGCAACAACCAGCAGACGGCCGGCAUGGCCGACCCUGGCCAGCAGUUCCAGUGGCUGGACGAUGUGCUGACCAAUGCGUCCCGAGCUGGGGAAAUGGUGUACAUUAUCGGCCAUGUGCCCCCGGGGUUCUUUGAGAAGACGCGGAACAAAGCGUGGUUCCGGGAGGGCCCCAACCAGGAGUACCUGAAGGUGGUCCGGAAGCAUCAUCGAGUCAUUGCAGGGCAGUUCUUCGGGCACCACCACACCGACAGCUUUCGGAUGUUCUACGAUGAUGCAGGUACCCCCAUCAGUGUCAUGUUCCUUACACCUGGGGUCACCCCAUGGAAAACCACGUUACCUGGAGUGGUCAACGGAGCCAACAAUCCAGGCAUCCGGGUGUUUGAAUACGACCGAGCCACACUGAGCCUGCAGGACAUGGUGACCUACUUCUUGAACCUGAGCCAGGCGAACGCGCAGGGGGCGCCGCGCUGGGAGCUCGAGUACCGGGUGACCAAAGCCUACGGCGUGCCCGACGCAGGCGCCCGCUCUAUGCACGAGGCGCUGGGCCGCAUCGCCAGCGACCAGGGCGCGCUGCAGCGCUACUACGUCUACAACUCGGUCAGUUACGACACGCGGGCCUGCGACGAGGCCUGCCAAGCCGAGCACGUGUGCGCGCUGCGCGAAGUAGCCUUCGACGGGUAUGCCGCCUGCCUGCGCGCCCCCGGCGUCGCGCCCGCGCCCCGCCUCGCGCUCCUGCUGGUGGCGCUGCUGGGCCUGCGCACGCUGCUUGUGUCGUGACCUUGGGCGCCGCCCGCUGAUUGGCUUGGCUCGCCUUCCUCCUGGUAAAAUGGGGAGAGCAUCACCGCCGUGAGCUGGACUUUCCACCCUUUCCCCGGCGUCCGCAGAAUGAACUGGGACGGGACAGCCGAUCAGGAAAUGAAGCCCCAAGGGCCCCAUCAGAAGCACAUUUCUUUCAAGUUUCAUGUUUUAUCCCAAACACAAUGCUCGUCGUGCAUGUUAUUCUGUUAUUAAUUUGUAAAUCAUGUUUAAAGUAACUCCCUUGCCCAGUUAUUGAAUGUU